AAGACUUCCGGUGGUGUGUCAUGGCGGUGGCAUGGUGAAUCUAACAGAAAAGGAAAAAUACUCGGCCCUGUGCUCUUCUCCUGACUAGCCAGGGCACAUUUUCAUGCGGAAAUAAGAGUGUCAGCUGCGGCCUCGCACCUUGGAUUAGUCAGCGCUGCGCUGCGGUGUCCCUCCGCCCGGCCAUGGCGGCUCAUAAACCCGUGGAGUGGGUCCAGGCCGUGAUUACUAGAUUUGAUGAGCAGCUUCCCAUCAAAGUUGGUCACCAGAACACUCACACCAAAGUCAGCACAGAGCACAACAAGGAAUGUCUGAUCAACAUCUCCAAAUACAAGUUCUCCCUCGUCAUCAGUGGUCUCACUACAAUCCUCAAAAAUGUCAACAACAUGCGGAUAUUUGGAGAAGCUUCUGAGAAGAACCUCUACCUCUCCCAGCUCAUCAUCCUAGACACACUGGAGAAGUGCCUGGCUGGGCAAUCAAAGGACUGCUUGCGUCUGGAUGAGACCAUGCUGGUUAAACAGCUGCUGCCGGAGAUCUGCCAUUUCAUCUAUACGUACCGUGACGGCCACCAGCACGCCGCUGAGCUCCGAGCCUCAGCCUCAGCUGUCCUUUUCUCUCUGAGCUGCAACAACUUCAAUGCCGUCUUCAGCCGCAUCUCCACCAGGCUCCAGGAGCUGACGGUGUGCUCGGAGGACAAUGUGGAUGUUCAUGACAUAGAGCUGAUGCAGUACAUCAACGUGGACUGCUCGAAGCUGAAGAGGCUGCUACAAGAAACUGUACUGAAGUUUCGAGCUCUCAAGAAGCCUGCUCAGUUAGCAGUCAUCAACAGUUUAGAGAAGGCAUUUUGGAACUGGGUGGAGAAUUACCCGGAUGAGUUCACCAUGCUCUACCAGCGACCACAAGCGGAUAUGGCAGAAGCAGCAGAGAAGUUGUUUGAUCUGGUGGACAGCUUUGCAGAGAGUGCCAAGAGGAAGGCAGCUGUGUGGCCCCUGCAGAUCAUCCUCCUCAUCCUCUGUCCAGAAAUCACACACACCAUCUCUAAAGACACUGUGGAGGACAGCAAAGCUAACAAGAAACUGUUUCUGGACAGUUUGAGGAAAGCUUUAGCCGGCCAGGGAGGCAGCAAGCAGCUGAUGGAGAGUGCCGCGAUUGCCUGUGUCAAACUGUGUAAAGCCUCUACCUACAUCAACUGGGAGGAUCACUCCACCAUUUUCCUCCUGGUCCAGUCCAUUGUCAUGGAUCUCAAGGCUCUGCUCUUCAACCCAGCCAAACCUUUCUGGAGGGGGACGGGCAGCCAGAACGCUGAUGUGGAGCUCAUGAUGGACUGCUUCGUCUCCUGUUUCCGCAUCAAUCCUCACAACAACCAGCACUUUAAGGUCUGUUUGGCCUCCUCCUCCCCCUCCACCUUUCACUUUGUCCUCGUCAACUCAUUGCACAGAAUAAUCACCAACUCCCACCUUGACUGGUGGCCCAAGAUUGAUGCGGUGUACUGCUACUCUGGGGAGCUGCGCUUCAUGUUCUCAGACACGCUCAAUCGGGUGAUUCAAGGCGCUGGCACCCACGCUCCACUACGCAUGACACCGAGUCUGACAUUCAAAGGGAAGAUGACCACCAGCCUUAAAUUCAAAGAGAAAACCACAGACCUGGACACUCGAAGUUACAAGUGCCUCCUCCUCGCUCUGGUCAAACUCAUCCAUGCAGACCCCAAACUCAUGUUGCAUAACCCAGUGAAGCAGGCUCCAGAGAUGCAGAGCAGCACAGCAGAGCUCAUCACUGGCCUGGUGCAGCUAGUGCCUCUAACCAACACCACACAACUCUCACAAGAAGCCAUGGAGGCUCUGUUGGUUCUUCACCAGCCAGAGACCAUAGAGCUGUGGAAUCCCGAUGCCCCCAUAGAGACGUUUUGGGACAUCAGUUCACAGGUGCUUUUCCUUAUCUGCCGUAAACUGAUUGGCCAGCAGUUGGCUAAUGGGACUGAAGUCCUGAAAUGGCUAAGGGAGAUCCUCAUCUGCAGGAACAAGUUUCUGCUCAAAAACAAGGAGUGUGCCACUAUGGGCGGUGGGAUUCCCAUUUGCCGACAGGCACAGACAAAGCUGGAGGUGAGUCUCUACAUGUUCCUGUGGAGUCCAGACACUGAGGCGGUGCUGGUCGCCAUGUCGUGUUUCCGCCACCUUUGUGAGGAGGCUGACAUCCGUAGUGCUGCUGAUGAGGUGCCUGUCCAGAACAUGCUGCCCAACUACGCCACCUUCAGUGAACUUGCCUCUGUUAGCAACAUGAUGGGAACUGGACGAUCCACUUUGCAGAAGAGGGUGAUGGCCUUAUUGAGGAGAAUAGAACACCCUACACCAGGAAACAUUGAGGCCUGGGAGGACACAUAUGCUAAAUGGGACCAAGUCACUAAACAGAUUCUUAACUUUCCUAAAAACAAGGCUGAUGAUGGGCAGCAGGAGUGGAUCAACAUGACUGGCUUCCUUUGCGCACUGGGCGGUGUGUGUCUCCAGCAGCGCAGCACCCCAGGCCCAGCCACCUACAGUCCACCAAUGGGCCCCAUGAGUGAGCGCAAACCCUCCAUGAUCUCCAUGGGCCCCUGUGAGAUGUCCAACGCCAUGGCCUCCGCUUCAUCCUGCUCCUCAUCGGCCUCCAGCGAGACGCCUGUCAGCCGCUUCGUGGACCGGUUGUUGGCCCUGCUCGUGUGUGGCCACGACAGGGUUGGCCUCCACGUUCGCACAAACGUCAAAGACCUGCUGGGGCUGGAGCUCAGCCCCGCCCUUUACCCCAUGCUCUUCAACAAGUUGAGAAACAGUAUUGGAAAGUUCUUUGACACACAAGGACCGGUUCCUAUCAAUGACACUAACACCCAGUUUGUGGAGCAGACCAUAGCCAUCAUGAAGAACCUGUUAGAUAACCACACAGAAGGGAGCUCCGAACACCUGGGACAGGCCAGCAUCGAGACCAUGAUGCUCAACCUAGUCAGGUAUGUACGUAUCCUGGGUAACGUGGUCCACGCAAUCCAGAUCAAAACCAAACUGUGCCAACUGGUGGAGGUCAUGAUGGAGAGAAGAGAUGACCUUUCUUUCUGCCAAGAGAUGAAGUUCAGGAACAAGAUGGUUGAAUACCUGACGGACUGGGUGAUGGGAACUUCCAACCAAGCUGCUGAUGAUGACAUCAAGUGCCUGACGAGAGACCUGGACCAGGCCAGUAUGGAGGCAGUAGUGUCUCUCUUAGCUGGUCUUCCGCUGCAGCCAGAGGAGGGGGAUGGAGUAGAACUGAUGGAGGCCAAAUCUCAGCUCUUCCUCAAGUACUUCACUCUGUUCAUGAACCUGCUGAAUGACUGCAGUGAGGUGGAGGAUGAGGGCCAGGCAGUUGGGGGCCGAAAAAGAGGAAUGUCUCGUCGCCUUGCAUCGCUCCGCCACUGCACCGUCCUGGCCAUGUCCAACCUGCUCAAUGCUAAUGUAGACAGCGGCCUCAUGCACUCAAUUGGUCUGGGCUACCACAAGGACCUGCAGACUCGAGCCACCUUCAUGGAGGUGCUGACCAAGAUUCUGCAGCAGGGAACAGAGUUUGACACGCUGGCAGAGACUGUGUUGGCUGACCGCUUUGAGAGGCUGGUGGAACUGGUCACCAUGAUGGGAGACCAGGGAGAGCUGCCCAUCGCGAUGGCUCUGGCUAAUGUGGUUCCUGGAUCUCAGUGGGACGAGCUAGCUCGAGUCCUGGUGACGCUGUUUGACUCCCGUCACCUCCUCUACCAGCUGUUGUGGAACAUGUUCUCUAAAGAGGUGGAGCUGGCCGACUCCAUGCAAACACUCUUCAGAGGAAACAGCCUCGCCAGUAAAAUAAUGACCUUCUGUUUCAAGGUUUAUGGUGCAGCAUACCUGCAGAAGCUUCUCGAGCCUUUAUUACGAGGGGUUAUCACUACUCCUGAGCACAUCAGCUUUGAGGUGGAUCCCACCAGGCUGGAACAGGGUGAGAACUUGGAGGAGAACCAGAGGAACCUACUACAGAUCACAGAGCGGUUCUUCCAGGCCAUCAUUGGUUCCUCCAGCGAGUUCCCCCCACAGCUCCGCAGUGUUUGCCACUGUCUCUACCAGGCUACUUGCCACUCUCUACUGAAUAAAGCAACAGUAAAAGAAAAAAAGGAAAACAAAAAAGCAGUGGUGAGUCAGCGCUUCCCACAGAACAGCAUUGGUGCAGUUGGCAGCGCCAUGUUCCUGCGUUUUGUCAACCCAGCAAUUGUGUCACCAUAUGAGGCAGGCAUCUUGGACAAGAAGCCCUUGCCCAGGAUAGAACGUGGUCUUAAACUCAUGUCUAAGAUUCUACAGAGCAUUGCAAACCAUGUUUUGUUUACAAAAGAAGAACACAUGAGGCCUUUUAAUGACUUUGUGAAAAGCAACUUUGAUUCAGCGAGGAGGUUUUUCUUGGACAUAGCAUCUGACUCCCCACCCAGUGACACCGUAAACCACAGUCUGUCUUUCAUAAGUGACGGUAACGUGCUAGCCCUCCACCGGCUGCUGUGGAACAACCAAGAGAGGAUUGGCCAGUAUCUCUCCAGUAACAGGGACCACAAGGCUGUAGGUCGGCGACCUUUUGACAAGAUGGCAACUCUACUGGCUUACCUUGGACCUCCUGAACACAAACCUGUGGCAGACACUCAUUGGUCUAGUCUUAAUCUGACAAGCUCCAAGUUUGAAGAGUUCAUGACCAGACACCAGGUCCAUGAGAAGGAGGAGUUCAAAGCCCUAAAGACCCUGAACAUCUUCUAUCAAGCAGGAACCUCUAAGACUGGAAACCCAGUGUUCUACUACGUGGCACGCAGGUUCAAAACAGGACAGAUCAACGGUGACCUGCUCAUUUAUCACGUCCUCCUUACCCUCAAACCAUACUAUGCCAAGCCCUACGAGAUAGUUGUUGACUUGACCCAUGUCGGGCCCAGCAAUCGUUUCAAGACCGACUUCCUGUCCAAGUGGUUUGUGGUCUUUCCUGGCUUUGCCUAUGAGAAUGUAGCGGCCGUUUAUGUCUACAAUUGCAACACAUGGGUGAGAGAGUACACCAAAUACCACGAGCGGCUUCUGACAGGCCUGAAGGGCAGCAAGAGACUCCAGUUUAUCGACUCUCCAACUAAGAUGGCUGAGCAUAUCGAACCUGACCAGCAGAAGCUGCCUGCCGCCACGCUGACCCUAGAGGAAGAUCUCAAAGUGUUCCACAAUGCCCUGAAGCUGGCCCAUAAAGACACCAAGGUCUCGAUAAAGGUGGGCUCAACAGCAGUUCAGGUGACCUCAGCCGAGCGCACCCGUGUCCUCGGACAGCCAGUUUUCCUCAAUGAUGUCUACUAUGCCUCAGAGAUAGAGGAGAUUUGCCUCGUGGAUGAGAGCCAGUUUACCCUCACCAUGGCCAAUCAGGGCACACCACUCACAUUCAUGCACCAGGAGUGUGACGCCAUCGUCCAGUCCAUCAUCCAUAUUCGGACACGCUGGGAGCUGUCUCAGCCCGACUCUAUCCCACAGCACACCAAGAUCCGUCCAAAAGACGUUCCAGGGACUCUGCUCAACAUUGCUUUGCUCAACCUUGGCAGCUCUGACCCCAGUCUCAGGUCUGCAGCUUACAACCUGUUGUGUGCUUUGACCUGCACCUUCAACCUUAAAAUAGAGGGCCAGCUCCUGGAGACAUCAGGUCUCUGCAUCCCAGCCAACAACACUCUCUUCAUAGUCUCCAUCAGCAAGACUCUGGCUGCCAAUGAGCCCCACCUGACACUGGAGUUCCUGGAGGAAUGCAUCUCGGGCUUCAGCAAGUCCAGUAUUGAGCUGAAGCAUCUCUGCCUCGAGUACAUGACGCCUUGGCUGCUCAACCUAGUCCGCUUCUGUAAGCACAACGACGAUGCCAAGCGUCAGCGUGUUACCGCGAUUUUGGACAAACUCAUCACCAUGACCAUCAAUGAAAAGCAGAUGUAUCCGUCUAUCCAAGCCAAAAUCUGGGGCAGCCUGGGCCAGAUAACAGACCUGUUGGAUGUAGUGUUGGACAGCUUUAUUAAGACCAGCGCUACAGGAGGCCUAGGCUCCAUCAAAGCGGAGGUCAUGGCUGACACUGCAGUGGCUCUGGCUUCAGGGAAUGUCAAACUCGUCUCCAGCAAGGUCAUUGGUCGUAUGUGCAAGAUCAUAGACAAGACCUGCCUGUCGCCAACACCUACACUGGAGCAGCACCUCAUGUGGGAUGAUAUAGCCAUCUUGGCACGCUACAUGCUCAUGCUGUCCUUCAAUAACUCGCUGGACGUUGCUGCCCACCUGCCCUAUCUGUUCCAUGUGGUGACCCUGCUGGUAGCCACUGGGCCGCUGUCACUCAGGGCGUCCACCCACGGUUUGGUUAUCAACAUCAUCCACUCCCUCUGCACCUGCUCUCAGCUCAACUUCAGUGAGGAGACAAAGCAGGUCCUGAGGCUGAGCCUGACCGAGUUUUCCCUACCAAAGUUUUACCUGCUGUUUGGCAUCAGCAAAGUCAAGUCGGCUGCGGUCAUCGCCUUCCGGUCCAGCUACAGAGACCGCUCUUUUUCACCGGGCUCCUACGAGAGGGAGACAUUUGCCCUGUCCUCCCUGGAAACUGUCACUGAGGCCUUACUGGAGAUCAUGGAGGCUUGUAUGAGAGACAUCCCAGCCUGCAAGUGGUUGGACCAGUGGACGGAGCUUGCACAGAAGUUUGCAUUCCAGUAUAAUCCGUCUCUCCAGCCCAGAGCGCUGGUGGUGUUUGGUUGUAUCAGUAAGAGAGUAAGCCAUGGUCAGAUCAAGCAGAUCAUCAGAAUCCUCAGCAAGGCGAGCCCUUUGCUCAGCAUAGACCGCGGCCUGGAGAGCUGUCUGAAGGGACCUGACAAUUACAACAGCCAAGUAUUAAUAGAAGCUACAGUCAUUGCUUUGACCAAGCUACAGCCUCUGCUCAGCAAGGAGUCCCCCAUGCACAAAGCUCUGUUCUGGGUGGCAGUAGCUGUGCUGCAGCUGGAUGAAGUCAACCUGUAUUCUGCUGGAACUGCCCUUUUAGAGCAGAACCUUCACACUUUGGACACAAUGCGUAUCUUUAACGACAAGUGUCCAGAAGAAGUGUUCAUGGAGAUCAGACGUCCUUUGGAGUGGCAUUGUAAACAGAUGGAUCAUUUCGUGGGCCUAAAUUUUAGUGCCAAUUUCAAUUUUGCACUGGUGGGCCACCUGCUCAAAGGCUACAGACAUCCAUCACCCACCACGGUAGCACGGACAGUGAGAAUCCUGCAUACGCUGUUGGCGCUCAUCAGCAAACAUCUCAAAUGUGACAAGUUUGAGGUCAACACACAGAGUGUGGCCUAUCUGGCUGCAUUGCUCACUGUAUCUGAAGAGGUCCGGAGUCGCUGCAGUCUAAAACACAGGAAGUCACUUCUGAUCUCUGACCUGUCCAUGGACCCAGUCCCAAUGGAGACCUACACCAGUCAUAUCACUGAUCCCAGCUGCAGAACUCUCCGAGAGACUCAGCCGUGGACAUCGCCGCAGGUGUCGGAGCGCUACCUUUCAGCCCACUACCCCACAGUGGGACAGAUCAGCCCACGAACACGAAAGUCCAUGAGCCUUGACAUGGGUCAGCCAUCACAGGCCAACACCAAGAAACUUCUGGGCACCAGGAAGAGCUUUGAUCAUCUCAUAUCAGACUCUAAAGCACCAAAGAGACCUGAGAUGGAGUCAGGGAUGACCACCCCUCCUAAGAUGAGGCGUGUGGCUGAAAACGACUAUGAAAUAGAGACGCAAAGAAUUGGAAACUCUCACCUUCGUAAAGUCUCCGUAUCAGAAUCAAACGUCCUGCUGGACGAGGAGGUGCUGACUGACCCAAAGAUCCAGGCUCUACUGCUCACUGUGCUGGCAACCCAGGUCAAAUACACAACAGAUGACUUUGACCAGCGGAUUCUAUACGAGUACUUAGCAGAAGCUAGUGUCGUCUUCCCAAAGGUUUUUCCAGUUGUCCACAACCUGUUGGACUCAAAGAUCAACACGGUGCUGUCCAUGUGCCAAGACACCAAUCUCCUAAACCCCGUCCACGGCAUCGUCCAGAGUGUGGUGUACCAUGAAGAAUCACCCCCCCAGUACCAGCCAUCCUACUUACAAAGCUUUGGCUUCAAUGGACUUUGGAGGUUUGCUGGACCCUUCUCGAAGCAAACACAGAUACCAGACUACGCCGAGUUGAUCGUCAAGUUUCUGGAGGCGCUGAUUGACAGCUACCUGCCCACAGCUGAUGAGGAGCGAGGGGAGGAGCAGCUGAGGACGCCCACCUCACCCUACCCACCCACCAGUCAGAGCCAGCUCAGCAUUACUGCCAACCUCAACCUGUCCAACUCCAUGACCUCACUGGCCACCUCGCAGCAUACACCAGGUGUGGACAAGGAGAAUGUUCAGCUGUCCCCCAGCUCCGCUCUGUCCAGCGGGGGUCGCACUCGCCACGGUUCAGCCAGUCAGGUCCAGAAGCAGCGGAGUGCCAGCAGCUUCAAGAGACCCAGCAUCAAGAAAAUAGUGUGAUCAGCCGGAGAACACUGUCCCAUCCACACCGCGGACCCCCUCCACCACCUCCAGGCUGCCAGGCCUCAUGCCGCACUCAACUUGGUUAACAUUUCCUCCGCCUUCAGGCCUGUUGCUUUGGCCAAAGACGAAGUCCCUCUGUGUUCUGGAUCGAGGAGAAAUAUUUCCCACCUGAAUUCUGUGCUUCUUGGGAUUUUUUUUCUUUUUCUUUUUCCUUCAAAUCUUUAAUUUGAGCCAACCCAUGGUGGAGAAGGUGAAUAGUUAGUGAGUAGUUUCUCUUUACGUCCGGAGUCGGUGUCAGAGCUCCUCCAUCACAUGUGAAACUACACUAAAACACUAUUGGGAAUAACUCUGGAUGUGAAAGUUGAGUUGAUGACAUGGACUGCUCACACAUCCCUUGGACUUCCUCAUGACUCAACCCUCCUUAUCAGUGAGAUGGACCAAAUAACAGCAGCACGAGCAGCGGUGGUGGAUUAUCUGUGAGACGGGACCUUUACUCUACUCCCCUCUCCCAGUCUUGUACAUAUUUUACAUAUACAGAUAAUGUAUAACCCGUCCUUAGUGCUUAUUUGGAUGUUGACGUUUUCUCCAUGGUGUGCCUUUGUCAGGGUUUUUCAGUGUGUACAAUUUGUAAAGUAAAAGUCAAACCUUGAUGAGGACAAAGAACAGGUACUAAUUAUGGAGGCGAGCCGUCCAUAUCACCACAAGGUCACACAAGCUGCGUCAUGACUGGCCUCCAAUGAUCGUCAAAUAUACAAUCAUCCAUAUACCCUGUUGCCUGAAAGUAUUUAUCCUGUACAGCUAGAUAGUGCUACACCAAUUUUCUUCUUUUUUAACACUUUUAAAGUGUCAUGAAGGUUUCAAAACACUAGGGGAAACACAACAGUGUAAAUAGCUCCAAGCUUCUUCUUCUUUUUUUUGUUUGUUUUGUUUUGUGCGAUUGCUUUUACUCCGCCGUUUUUGUUGGUUCUAAGUAGUAUAAACUGUAUGUUCAGCAGCAUAACAUUUUUAAUUUGUUUACACAGUGAAAAGGAAAUUACGGAUUAGGCAACAAUCCUUAACUCUUGUGUCAACCACCAGUUUUGUUUCUUUUAUUUUUGUUUUUGUAGGGGGCAACAUGUCACUAUGUCAGUUUUGUGGAAUAUGAUGCCAACUCCAAGUUGCCUUUUAACAUAGAAAUUUCGUUUUUACGACCUUUUACCUCCAGUGACCAUGUGAAGAGAAAAGGGGCAGUGGAUAGUAUGACGUUUGAUCCCACCUCCAUCUUUCUGAGCUUUUUCCUGAGCGUUCCUGUCCUGUGGGCUCUUGAAAAAUGAAAAAUCCACCCUUAAAGAAGCUGACUUUUUGUUAUGGCCAUGUAUCCUUGGGCAUUUAACUGUAGCUGAGACGGUUUCGAUAAAAGUGUUUUGUUAUUUACCAACGUCAGCCAGUUUGACUCUCUCCCAGUCAACGUCGUGAGUGGUUUGGGUCACAAUACCACUCAUGACAUGUGGUGUUCAGCUCUGGGAAAGAACACUGUCACUUCAGUCAAAGGCGUUCUCACUCAAUCAGGAAUUACCUGUCAAUACUUUAAAGCUGCAGUGUGUAAGAAGCGACACCUCCUGGUGAGACUGCAGAUUGCAACAAACAAAGUGUGUCAGGGAAAUACGGUGGCCUUCACAUACCGGAAAGGAUGUCUUCGUACAGUUGUCCGUCAGUUCUCUCCACUCUCCCCCACACACUCCCUCUGCUUUCUUCUCCUUCAUUGAUUCAUUUGUCAGAAAAUAUGCAGGCUCCAGCCCUGAACGGCUCCGCCCACAUUGACACAUUUCGUACAACUCACUUUUUUUUCAGGUUGCUUUAAUUUAUUUACUGCAGUUUUACGUUAUUCUGUUUAUUCAUUCAAAGAAUAUGUCCAGGGAGACAGGUGUACGUCCUACUAAGAAUUAAUGGAGAACAGCUAAUGAUAUAGUCGAUGUGGAUGUUGGAGGUUGUGAACUUUGGAUCGAGACGGUCAGUGUUUCCUUAGAACUGUGUGUGUCUGCCGUGGGCAGUACUGUGCAGUAGAACAAUACAAAACCGAUGAAGUUACAGUGGAGACGUGUUGAGUGUUAGACGUCUUAGGAAGAACCGUUUUCCAUCAAAGAGUAUUUUUAUUUCGUACGCUGCUGGUGUCGCAACUCAGUCACAAGUAUAAUUGUUUACAGUUGUGACUCAUUGGGGUUUUAUGUGGAAAGCAUUUCUGACCAUCUGUUCUUUUAGUGGCAUCUAGAGUCAAAAACACACUGAUGAGCCACAAACUUAAAACCACUUACCUGUUUUAUGAAUUAGUCGAUCGUUGUACAGUAUUUAACGGAGAACGCUCGAACGAAUCCAUGACUAUCAAGAGUUUGUAUGUCUUUGUGAUGAAUCACAUGAUCGAUUUGGAAGUUUUGCUGAAAUAACAAUGUUAACUUAGAGAGCGGACGGACACUGGUACUGCUGUACAGUGGUCACACUGACACAUCGUCAUAGAUUGGCUUCUUUACUUGAACGUGUCCACAGUGAGACUUGUGCAUCACUUGCACCCUACGUCCAUACUCCAGUCUGGGUUGCUUUGUUUAAACUCUUCUAUCCUGCCUUAUCAUCUAUGCAUGGCAUGAGUUAGGUAUUGUUGCACAACUCUGAACUUUUGUGUGUUUUUUUUUUUUUUAUGUCUCAGAGAAGCAGCUCCGGGCAUCUGCUGCUCAGAUGCUCACAUGUUUUGUGUGUCCACGCUUUUCGUCUUAAAUCAUCAGUAUCAGUCGAUGAAUGCCAUUGAAAGGGACAUUUAACGAGACAGAAUCAGAAACCGUAUUCUGUUGUUCAGCUCUGAAGGAUGGCGUUAAGGGAAAUGCGAGUUUAAAGCUGUAGUGCGUAGUUUUUAAAUGGAAUCGUUACAUUACAUUCUUCACACAAUGCUAAUCCGCUCCACACGUCACUCUCGCUGUUUUUGAUUCUAUGGCAGUGUUUAGAUCUGGUGUCACUUGGGGACAUUCCCAUGCUGCACACAGGAAGUCAUUGGUUAAUGUCAAGACAAUUAACAAGAGGCAACACAGCGCUAGUAAAGUGAGAUGUGUUGGGAGUUUGACUUAAAACGCAGAGAAGUGCCAAUGAAAUUCUACCGGUUUCAAAAACCCCAGUCAUUCAGCAGUUUGACAGGAUAAAUAUUUUUUUGACCCACUCAUCCCUGUAUUGCAGGUGUACACACACAAAUGCACCCUCAGUCAGGUUUGAUGAGGUUCAUGGGUUUUUUUUUCAAAUGUUUCAUCAUUUCGGUUUAUACGACAGAAGUUACGCACUGCAGCUUUAAUACUAAAACCAAAUGAACUCACAGGUUCUUCUUUUCUGAAACGGAUCCAGCAGACGUUUUGUCAUCAUCCUCCAUCUCUAAAAGUUGUCACUGAGAGAUGAGUUUUAAAAGUGAAUCGCGACCCAAACACAUAAUAAUGUUUUCUUCCACUGGUGAAACAUCGGAGCGUUUCUUCAAACGAUUGAUAUUGAACACAUGUUUUUGACUCUUUAACACAGAUGCGCUGGACCACACUGACCAGCUGAUGUGUCACUCAAAGAACCAUCCGCCCCCUGCACAUGUAAAUAAGCCGAACCCUCAAGUCACACAUAGUUUCAUUAUCUGUACUCUGUCAAAGACACACGUUCUAACACACACGGGGUGUUUGUUUGCAGCAGUUGUGGAAGGUACAGAGUUUCUCAUGAAGGACGUGUUAGGGCUGUCGAAGGCGUAAAGCUAUAAAUCCCACACAAACAUCUCGUCGUGCGACUCCAUCCGUCGUCUUCUCUGCACUUUCAGCUGUCUGUCCUUGAAGCUACACUCCUUGAUUUCCUUUAAAGAAGUGUCCAUGACGUCUGAAUAACACAAUCAGUGAGUGUACCUUUAACCAAACACAGUCAGGAACAAUCUGAAGGCAAGCUUUAUUCCAGCACCAUGUUAGCAGUUGCCAUUUUGUUUUGCAGGUUUUAUUUGAACUUGUGCGUGUGAAUGGAAAUAUUAAGGAUCACGUAUCCAUAACCUCUUAAAGAAGUGGUUGACUUGCACUAAUUUAAAAACAGUCAUAGGUUUGUAAAGAUGAAAAACCUCAAAGUGUGGCAUGUUUUAUUUGAUGUUAUGCAAAAUCUAAUGUCUUUAGAGUAUAAGUAUUAGAAGUUUUGUUUUUAAUGCAGUAUGUGUGACAAUUGUAAAUACUUUGUGUACAAUUUGAGAUGGUAUAUUUACUACACUGUAUAUACAUGUGAUAUUGUAUCAUUUUGUUUUUGUAAAGCAGUUAGUUUCUGUAUAAUAAUAUACAAAUUGAACUAUUCCAGUGUUAGUAAUAAAAUGUUUUGCUCUCCACAA